AGGUCAUUUGAAUUACCGUAGCCAUAGAGCACUCUGAAACAAUGAGGCGAGUAAAAUGUUUAUCGUGAAAACCAUGGACAGAUGAAAUAACGGGGGCAAAGUCGACCGUGUGCGCCACGCGUAUUCGGUACUAUCAGCCAGGAAGAAGAGAACGCUUUCAUUGAAGACCGGUGUGUGUGUCUAUCAACGCAAGAAGACGCCUGAGCAGGGGAAGCGGUCGCUAAGCCGAUCAAGGUGGAAUUCUACGGAACGGGUUCCACUCCAGGCAUAUAAUUACUCACAUUACGUGAUUGUGGAGACAGAUGACCAGGAUGAUGCGUCUGGCGUGUUGCACCGUUCUCCUCUUCCUUUUCCGGCUGAUGCUGGGGUUGCCGUGGUAUCAAGUGUUGCCUGCCAUCCUCAUCUUUUACCUGGGUUCCGGGGGGUACAAGUUCCUGCACGUCUUCAUGAAGACGGUUGGGAGAGAUCUCCAUGCGGCCGGCGUCCUGCUGAAGGUGAAGCUGAACGUGAAGCGGCACCUGCGGCAGCGGAACACCAUCCCCAAGAUCUUCGCCGAGUCGGUGAAGCGGCACGGCGACAAGACGGCGCUGAUCUUCGAGGGCACGGGCGAGUCCUGGAGCUUCCGUCAGCUGGACACGUACUCCAACCGCGUGGCCAACCUGUUGCUGCAGCGCGGCUUCAAGGAGGGCGACGUGGUGGCCAUAUUCAUGGAGAACCGCUCGCAGUACGUGGGCCUGUGGCUGGGCAUGGCCAAGAUUGGCGUGGAGGCUGCGCUCAUCAACUUCAACCUGCGCCUCGAGGCCCUUGUGCACUGCAUCAACAUCUCCAACGCCAAGGCCGUGGUGUUCGGCAGCGAGCUCACUGAAGCCAUGUGUGAGGUGCACAGCUCCAUGGGGAAGACCGUGAGUCUGCUGUGCUCUGGGGACUUCGAUUCCAAAAAGGUCCCGGAAGGGACAGAGCGCCUGGAACCGCUCCUGGACGCCGCCCCCUCUCACCUGCCCAGCCAACCAGAUCGCGGCUUCACAGAUCGCCUCUUCUACAUCUACACCUCUGGGACCACGGGGCUCCCCAAAGCUGCCAUCGUAGUUCACAGCAGAUACUACCGCAUGGCUGCGCUGGUAUACUACGGGUUCAAGAUGACUCCAGAUGAUGUCCUGUACGACUGUUUACCUCUCUACCACUCUGCAGGUAACAUUGUUGGAGUUGGCCAGUGUUUGAUCCAUGGCAUGACCGUUGUCAUCAGAAAGAAGUUCUCGGCCUCCAAGUUCUGGGACGACUGCAUCAAAUACAACUGCACUAUUGUUCAGUACAUCGGCGAGAUCUGCCGGUACCUCCUCAACCAGCCGGUGCGUGAGGCGGAAAAGCAACACUGCGUACGCAUGGCGCUGGGCAACGGCUUGCGGCAAUCCAUCUGGGAGGAGUUCACUGGCCGCUUCAACGUUCCGCAGAUCGCCGAAUUCUACGGCGCAACCGAGUGCAACUGCAGCCUCGGGAACUUUGAUAACAAGACAGGUGCCUGUGGUUUUAACAGCCGGAUCCUGCCCUACGUCUACCCGAUCCGCCUGGUGAAGGUGGACGAGGAGACCAUGGAGCUCAUCAGAGGGCCCGACGGAGUGUGUAUCCCCUGUGGGCCUGGUGAGCCUGGUCAGUUGGUGGGACGGAUCAUCCAGAAUGACCCCCUGCGGCGCUUUGAUGGCUAUGUCAGCCAGCAAGCCACCAGCAAGAAGAUCGCCCACAGCGUCUUCAAGAAAGGAGACAGUGCCUACCUAUCAGGUGACGUUCUCAUCAUGGAUGAGUAUGGCUACAUGUACUUUAAGGACCGGACGGGGGACACGUUCCGCUGGAAGGGUGAGAACGUGUCCACCACUGAGGUGGAGGGAACCCUGAGCCGGCUGCUGGACAUGAAGGACGUGGUGGUGUACGGCGUGGAAGUACCAGGGGCGGAGGGCAAGGCGGGUAUGGCAGCCAUUGCAGACCCGGAACACAACACCAACCUGGAGAAGUUUGUGCGGGACAUGGAGAAGGCGCUGCCCCCAUAUGCCCGACCCGUCUUCCUACGCUUUCUGCCAGAGGUCAACAAGACAGGAACCUUCAAGUUUCAGAAGAUGGAAAUGCGUCGUGAGGGCUUCAACCCUUGCGAGGUGUCGGACAAACUGUACUUCCUGGACUCUAGUAGGGGAGCUUAUGUGGAGAUAACCGAGGACCUCCACCGCUGCAUCGUCUCCGGGAAGCAGAAACUCUAAGGUCUGUCCGUCAGGCUGGCGCUGCCCAAUACCUGCUCAGACCCAUGCUCAAGCCCCGCCCACGCUGCCCUGAAACCUCUCUCAACACUCCGACCAACCCACCUCCCCCCCCGCCCCUCGACACCAAACCACGCCCCUCGUUACCUCAGUGGCCACAGUGAGGGGAGACAGGAACACAUUUCAACCAAUGAACAGUCGCCUCCUUCUCUCCUCUCUCAUAGACCCAGCCCCCAGCACCUCAUUAGCCACACCCAGGAAUGCCAUUCCACCAAUCAGCGCAUCCCGGCCACGCCCACAGCAUCACUCUGCCCAAUCAGGAUGCCCACUGGGACAGCAUGGCGUUGGGCUGACUGGCAUCAUGGCGAUAAAAAGGAGAAAAAAAACAACAAUAAAAAAAGAAAAACUAAAUAAAAGCUAAAUAUGACUAAAUCAACAAACAAUGGCUGAAUACACAAAGGACUUCUUGGAAACCGAAUAGGACUGAAAAGGACUGAAGCACACGUGCGUGUCUCACGCAUGUGUGUGUGUGUGUGUCAUGUGUGUAUGUGUGUGGUGUUGGACGCCAACCCACCAGCCCCUUCAGCUCAACCUGCACAACAUCUCCCAUUAGACUCCAGUUUGGCUCUGUCCCCUACUGCCACCAUCUCACAACCAGUGAGACAGAUUGACCUCUCUCAUUAAGCUAGGCUAGGCUAGGCUAGGCUCGCUAACGGGUCCCCUAAUGCAUGUCGCUAACGGAGGAGUAUGUGCUACAAAUUACAAAAACCACAGAGGGUUUGUGUGCAAUAAGAGCCAUCGCAUAGCGAACUGCAGAGGGUUAGCAUGCAAUAAGAGCUGCCGCGUGGCUAACUGCCCCGUAGAUCUGUUGGCAGCCGACUCUGAAACAAACGUGGGCCGGAUCUGAGCCACGUGAGUUACAGUGUUAGCUGCUACUUAAGCAAUUAGCCACGGGGUGACACACAAUCAACACUAUUUAUUUAAAGGACCUGCAUCGCACCAAAAAUAUUUAAGUUGUAGUGUAGUCUUGAUUAAUAUUUAAAGACAUGAUUGUUGUCUUUUGAUUUCUUGUACUAUGGUCGUUUUUUUUAUUAUUAUUUAAAUGUUUUUUUUUUUUAUCAUUGCACUUGGGUUGUGUGCUCUGUGCGACUGUGCUAAUUAGGCUACUCCUCCACUCCAGUAGAGGGCAGUGUUACUAGUCCUAAUGGGUCUUGUGAAAUAGGGAUAAGGGAACCUCCACUGUAAAGCUUUGUACUCAAAUCCAAAAAAGAAGUAGCACUUCCUGGCAGCUUCACGCCUUUGGCAUUGUGUAGGUUGAGCUCGAAGGGCUGGUUUCGUCCUGCCGGACACGUUUCCUUUGCAAUUGGACAGAAGAAGGAAAAACUAUAUAGGAGGAUACCGGUGGAGUAGACACACCUGAACCUCCAGCUCCGUGCUGUCAUGGAGAUGACGAUGAUAAGGAGGAGGAGGAUGGUGACGAGGAUGAAGAUGUUUUUGAAGUGAGUGCAAUAUUCUGGUGCUAAAGAGCGAAGACCUCCAUGGAGGAGACGCAUCACAUGUUCUGAAGAAGAUAGAGAGAAGAGGGAGGGAGGAGAAAUGAAGGGAUGGAGGAGAAAACAAGGGAUGGAGAGAAACGGGGCAAGGAGGAAAAACCGAUGUGAAGGGGGGACAAAGGGAAAAAAGUGCAUCCAUCAUAAGUGUUUUGUUUGUGUGUGUGUGUGUGUGUUCCUUGGUUGUUUGUUUAUUUGUUCACUCAGUUCAGUCUCGUCUUGCUUCUGUCUGUACUUUAAAUCAGCCGGCAUGAAUGAUCAACACAAGCAGAGUUCUGUGCCUUACUGUGAGUGUUGCAAAAAACUCACAGGGUACCUGCACCAUCACGCCCUCUCAUCCUUCUCCUCAUUCUCUCUUCAUCCCUCGCUCUCUUUCCAGAAACCUCCGGCCUGUGUGUGUUUUUCACUCUUCGCACAUCCGUCAUCCCUCUUCUGUCAUUAAUCAUUCCAUCAUUCUGGGAUUCAUCAUCCCAUCUCUCUCUCUCUCUCUCUCUCUCUCUCUCUCUCUCUCCCCCCUCUCUCUCUCUCUCUCUCUCUCUCUCUCUCUUCAUCUCUCGCUCAUUCCAACCCAGUCCAGUGUUCAGGCACCUCUGUUUUGCAUCCUGAGUGAUUCCAUCAUGCCGAUGCCUCUUCCUAUUCCUUUUCUCCAUACCGCCUGAUCUUUGAUCUCUCCAAAGUGACACCUUUUUAUCUUUUUGUCAUGUCAAGCGUAUAUAUUUUAUUAAACAUGUCCAAAAGCGACCAUAAGCAUCCUCCAAAGCACUCCGAAGGGUUUUUUUUUUUUUUUUUUCUUGAGCCAAAUAUCAAUCAAGUCUUCGGACUCCGGGGGAAGGGAAAUCUCUAGCGCCCCCCGGUGGCUUCUCUCACUCUUUCUCAAGCUUCCUUUGUUUUGAGCUCUUUUCUUUCUUUUCUCUUCUUUUUUGUGUUUUGUUUUUAAAUCAUGAAUGUAUGUGUGUGUGUGGUUUUUUUUUUGUGUAGGUGUUUCACACAAGGUGUGUCCGACACAAGCACUCACCGUCAUCUCGAACCUCACAAUAAGUAAUAUCUCCAUGUUUCGUCUCCUUAUCCUGCAUAGCACAAAGAGAAGUGCGACAGCAAAACAAUUAAUAACAAUAACAAUAAAAGUAUUUAUAAAAUUAAAUAAAAUGUAUUGGAACACGCAGGCAAACACCAGUUUUAAAAGGCUUCUCUAUUAAUGAAAUGAUUGAUGUAGGGUUAGGUGAUUAGAUGGGGUCGGGGGUCACCAGAAAGAGCUCCACUUGGAAGACUUGCAGAGUCUGCUUAAAAGAGGGGAGUGUGUAGUCCUGUGACACAUUUGUGCUAUCUCUUGUACCCACACUGAUUCCUGUUUUUUUUUUUUUUUUCAUGUUUUUAUUCUGAUAUUUUUUUUUUUUUUUGUAAUUUUAAAUUAUAAUGUGUGUGUGAAAAUUCUGUAUGGAUCCAUUUAAUCGGUAUGUAAUUUUGCGUUUUGAUUGUGCUUUUGUUGCACUCGUCACAGCUGCAGGUGUGGAUGAAGCUCUGCUUUAACGGGGGGUGGACGACCAUCCACAUGACUCCCCAUAUCCAUUAGCAAAUCCUGCUGCUUUUACUUGUGUUGAAUGGGUCCUGUUGAUCCAUUUCAUAUGUGUGUGUGUGUCUGUGUGUGUGUGUGUGUUAAUCAGUCCCAUGAUAGCAACGGACUCCUCUUGCCGAGGCUCUGAUUGGUUAUGUCUUGAACACACAUACUCACUCAUACACACAAACACACACUCACUCAUUGUAGUAGCCAUGCACAUGCGCACACUAACACACACACACGUACAUACACUGACCUCUGGAAAGAGUGUGGAUGAAGGCCACAGUGGCAGCAGUGACAGGCAGGAUCCUCUCUGUAGCUCCAGAGCUCCAGAACCCUCCAGAGAGCUCUAGAGUGUUGUUCUCUCACCUGUGACUCCCAAAUCUGCCUGUAACAGGAACACAGUUCAGCCACAUCAGCAGAGGUGCUGCUCUUUGGCGCAUUAUGUUAAAACUAACGGCCAUCUAUGGCAGAAGGGCUAAGCUCUCCCUCACCAUUGUUGUAAUGUCAGUCAGAUGUCCGUUUAUCACACACCUGAUUUAAAUGGUGUGUCCAAUUGUCCAACAUCCUAGCCUGUGAGCUUCCUACUGUGCUGCUGACAUGAAACCAGGGUGCGUGUAUGUGUGUGUGUACACACAGACCUCCUCAGUAGUGUUUUCAUGCUUUGUCUGUGUGUGUCGCUGCAGCCUAUUUUUAAGGAUCUGCGCACAGAAGUAGGAGAGAGCACCUUGCAGUUCACCAUUCCAGCCUCAUGGUGGUGCUGUGCAUCAUCGCUGCAUACUGCAGCUGCAUUUCAACUUUCCAUAUUUACCUGACACCCCCUUUCUCCCCAUGUUUUACUUUGUGGUUUUGACCAGGCGGGUUGUUCAAAGUAUCAGUGCAUUUCAUUUUCUUCAGUAUCAUGAAGAACAUUUGAAAUAUGCUCUUUUUUUAAUGCACUGGUGUCACACUAGGCCUACUUGUAUUUUGAAUAUAUGUUUUGCUAGCUUAAUUUGACAUUUGACACAGCCACACAUCACAUGUACUGUGCAAAGACAAUGUUGUUUCGUCAGUGGUCCACUUAUUGCAAUAUAUAUUUAGCUUGUCUUCAUGUCCUCAUUCUUGUGAGUUGUCGUGGCGACCAACAUUAUGGCAGCAAGCACUCAGCGAAUCUCCCAGUUGCCCUUUCAGCAUAAAUAAACACAAACACGUGUGUACUCUAAUUGAUGGUCAUUUCAAACACAGAGACCUCCUCAUGGUUCAGUUUGACAUUCCUGUUAUCUCUCUUGUCUGAGGUGUCUCUUGAGUCGCUUCACCCUUUUGGUCACCCCAUCGUAGCCCCACUGUAUUGGUCUGCAGUUUGCACUGCUGUGUUAUCGUCCCUCUGUUUAUGUUUCGGUACUCAGGAACAACUUAAUGCAACAGUGGUGGAACUGAAAAGAUUGAAAGAGCGAGAGGAACUGAAGGAUAGCACAUGUGUGUGUGUGAGGGAGACUGUAUCUCCAGGCUGUAGACAGUGCUGUUACUGUGUGUGUAGGGGAGGUGUUUGAGGUGUGCUGCGUCACGCUGAGGUCCUCUUGUUGAAAAAAAAAGAAAACAAACGAUAGCUGUAAAUCAUGCUCUGGAAGUUUAAAAAAGGCAUCUAAGAAUCAAUAUUAAUAAAAAAGAUAUAUACA